CAGUGAUGGAUGGUUUUUUUCUCCUUCUUCCCGACGUCACGAUUUGACAUGAUGGGCGGCUCGACCUUUUCCCUCCGUAUAGUGGUCCGAUAAAUCUACUCUGCAAUCAAGUCCUCGCCAAUGCUGACCUCGGGAAAAGGAAGACUGAAUAAAAACGCCCACACCACCAACCUCAGAUACACACGUGCAGGUCGUUGUCAUCGUUAACCUUCCAAAUUAAGAAAGUAAAUCGACUCGUUAUGAUGCUCUGGAAGCGUGCUCCCUUCUAGCUAGAUCCUACGUCGAUUGCACCCCCCCCCCCGCCUACGUGCGUUCGGAGCUUUGUUAUUGUCGUCGAGGACGUGGACCUGCCCGCCCAAACGUUGUCUUCAAAUGCUAGAGAAAACGGCCGCAUGUUUGGAACCAUGCGGCCGUCGAGUCGUUCCGCCUCCAAGAACAGCCCUUCGAUCUACAAGACAGCUGCAUACAGCUUUCUGGCAGCAUGGGGCUGCUGACAUUGAGCUCACCAAGGCCUGGCAAACCUUGAUGCACGGCACUCUGGACAGUAGCGUUACCUUGUCUGACCGAGGGGAAACUUCGUCGCUCAAUGCUUCUGCUUUUCUUCUCGACUUUCUAUAUCCGGCCGGCACCGCUGCUCUGUUGCGCCGCCCUUCCCCAAUUUCCCUAGACCAAUCCGAACGAUUACGAAUGCGUACUCGACCGUCACACGUCUCCCCACGUCUCUACAAUUCUGAAUCCCACUCGUCUCCCGCCGCCCGAGGAACGAACAGCGCGACAGCUGUCGACCAUGAGAUAUCGAAUGACGUACCGGAGCCUAGCGGGCCAUUAUCGGCUGAACCUAGUGACUCAAAACCCUCCACUUCGCCUGACAAACAAUACCAGCGUAUCGCCAUUGAUCAUAUCUUGAAGACGAAUAACUUUGCCGAAGUUGAUGUCUUAUGGCGUCGUUAUACGUCCUUGAGCGAGCACUCUCAAAAAGCUUAUUCCCAGAGAGUUCUGUCAUUUCUUUCUAGGACUGGUCGCGUAUCGGAUUCGCGCAAAAUUUCUGAACUCUUUCAUAAGUUGGAGCUCUCUAGUUGGGACAACGAGGUAUUUGUGGCUGGUGUUUCAGCCGAGAUCAAUCUACAAAAUCUCUCUCAAGCUCUAUCAAUAUUUGAGAAAGGGCUUCAAUCUUCUAGUCUUGACAACACUGCACUCAUCGACUCUUUGGAUUUGCUGUUAGCAUCCGCCCUUAGAUCUUCCACAACCAGUUUUUUGGAGAAGGUCUGGCAACGAUAUCCAGAUAUGGCUGCGAGAUGGGAUUUUAACGGCAUUGCCGCUAAUCUGACGCACUGUGCAUCUGUUCCUGGCAUUGCCGAAAAAGUAAUGAUGUUUCCAGAGUACGUCGCUCAGCGUUUGAGUGCCUCCCACAAUAACGAUUUCGAUCGUGAGGCACUGGAGGUCCUGCAGAGAAUACUUGUUAGAAGAGCGCUUGUCUCGUGUGAGCAUUCGCACGUUAUACCCCUGUUACUACUUACGAAGGAUCCGUUGGCUUUUGAGGAUUUUUUGAGAUCUGCAGAGAAAACUGGUAGGCGGAAGGUCGCCCCCGAUGUGUACGACAUUUAUCGAAAAUUGCCCGGCAGCUCCCCUAGCCACGCUGUUCUACAUUGCGUCUUCCAUGCCUACACGCAAAUGAGGAAUUCGUACGCAAAAAUGCACGCUGGUGUAGAGAUGCUUUGGAAGGACUGGCAUGGGUUUCAUGGUAUGCCAUCUAGACGGGCUUAUCAGAAACAUCUAGGAUUUUACGCAACAAGGGGUGAUAAAGAGCGGGUUUAUUCAUUAUGGACCGAAUACGUCGAGCGUUUCCGCAAUGAUCCUACUAUCAACAUUUUUGAUGCUGAUCAAGGCAGCGAUACUUUUGCGCAUUUACUCCAUGUACACGCUGUCAAUGCAGAGCCAGAAGAGGCUCAGCGGAUCUUUAAUGACAUGAUGAACAAGUUCAAGAUACAACCCUCUAUAUACGAUUGGAACAUUUUGUUGAAUGCGUAUGCUCAGGCUGAUGACUAUGGCGGCGCAAUGACGACUUUUGACCGCUUAUGUCAGACAAUCACACCAGACAAAUUUAGCUAUGGGACUCUGAUGCAGAUGGCUGGGUCAAGAGGCGACCUAGCAUUUACUGUCGACUUAUACCGCCGUGCUCGCAGCUCUAAUGUCGUCACCAACGAUGCUAUGCUGAGCAGUCUCGUCGACGCCUACUGCCAAAACGAUCUCUUCAAGGAAGCCGAAGACGUUUGCACGCGCGCUUCUACCAAGGGAAUUGCUACAACACUGAUGUGGAAUAAACUACUCUACUAUAAUGCUCUGCGUCGGGAUCUUGCAAACAUAAAUAGGAUUCUUAACAGUAUGGCCGACAAAAACAUUCCUUACAAUCAGUUUACAUACCAACAGUUACUGCUUGGACUUGCUCUGUGUCGGCAGCCGCACCAUGCACUCACCCUUCUUACUGUGGCUCUGAAAGAAAAAGUGUUUGAAGUCACGCCCGCACAUUUCCAGAUCGUUAUGAGCGCUCUUCUCCUAACUAGAGAGCCGGUAAUGACCAGACGCCUCUGCUUGCUCAUGAAUGAGCAUAAGAUUCCCAUUACAGAGGGUGUCAUUUUCCGGCUGAGUCAGUCUCUAGGACAAUGGAAGAAAUUGCCACCAAAACAGCGAAGAAAGCGCAGCGAAACACAAUGGUAUGGUGACGCGCUACGCACUUUUUUCAACAUCUAUGGAUACAAUUCGAAUACCCAAAUCAAACACCAAGGUCCUUCAAGUGCGAAGCCUGUUCGACAGAGGGAGCUACUUAGAUCGGGACGUGAGGUGUACCAAUUUAGUACGAUGAUGUACAUCUUCGCUCAGCUGAAUAAUAGUGUUCAGGUCAACGAGCUCGUUGAACUUUAUCGUUAUGUCUUCCAAGGUCCCAAUAAUGAAGGUAUAUUGCCACUGGGUAUGCUCAACGCCGUCAUGCUCUCGGGUCUUCAAGACCAACGAUAUGACCGUGUCAAGUCAACUUGGCGCCUCAUCUUCGACAUUGCCAGAACUGAAGCGCGCGCGGCUGAUUUCAGAGAGGAUUUACCCUACGCUAACAAGAUCUCACCGAAGUAUCAUUAUGCUCUAUCCGGUUGCCUGCGUGUGAUGCAAGAAGUCUUGUUCAAGGAAAACAAUCCUCUUGCCCUUCAAGAACUAGUCAAGGAGGUACGCGAGGCAGGCUUCGAGAUAGAUAGCAAGAAUUGGAACUAUCACGUGCAGUCUCUUGUGCAAAUGAAACAGUACAAGGCUGCAUUUGCAGUGUGUGAGAAAUACUUGAUGCCAAAUUGGACAGGAUGGCAAACAGUCCGAGCGAAGGAGGCCAUACGCACCACGCUUCCUUUGGAAACACGUAGGAAAGGGUUGUCUCGCCGUUACCUUCGGCCUACCGCGACAACACUAUAUCGGCUUGCACAGGCCUAUUUGGAACUCGAUAGACUGGGUCCUUGGUCUAGUGAGGCCAUCAUCACUCUUCGAGAUAUCGAGAGUGACAGCAUACAAGUGGUUAGGGCUAUCAAGUCCAUGAUUCGUGUAUAUUCGAGUUUAGAGUAUGAGAUUUUCAGUGCCGUUGACUCGAUCGAUACUACUUAUGCCGACGAGCCAAAUCUGGAGGAGGAGAUGACUGGUUUAGAAUAGAAGCCAAUGUCAAAGAUCAAGGAGGUAGUCAAUCCAUGACUCAAGGCGCAUAAGAAUACCUCUCAAACUAAAGAGUGUAGGAUGUUUCUGCAUAUCAUGUACAACAUUCACGACUUACGGAUAUGGCUAUCAGACUAUAGAUAUGGGUGUAGAUAAUGUGUAUACCUAUGUAAAGAUUGGAUAAAUCGCUACGAUAAUGAUUAGCAUGUGGUAGUACUGGUGAUGUCCGGUAUACUCAUCCGAAGUUGUAUGUGACUCACCCCAUGCUGUCCGAGAGGGAAGUUC